AGGUUCCACCGUACGUCACGAGCUGAGAAGCUACAGCGACGCAUUUCACCUCUCCUGCAAGCUGCGCCUUUAAAUACCCGCGUCAACACACAGAUGGAUUUUUAGAGGCAUUGCAGACCUCAAUGCGGACGGGAAGACAUGUGCACAAUCUGAUAAUUCAAUCCCUUCGAUACAACAUGAGACCAACAGUCUAAAGUUCCACCUUUUCAUCUUUUGUGUCGAUACGUGAAUCCCCCGGACAAACCACCAUCAUGCCAGAGCAAAGCAACGACUAUCGCGUGGUGGUGUUUGGUGCAGGUGGUGUGGGGAAGAGCUCGCUGGUGCUCCGCUUCGUCAAGGGGACCUUCCGUGAGAGCUACAUCCCCACCGUGGAAGACACCUACCGCCAGGUGAUCAGCUGCGACAAGAGCAUCUGCACCCUGCAGAUCACCGACACCACGGGCAGCCACCAGUUCCCCGCCAUGCAGCGCCUGUCCAUCUCCAAGGGCCACGCCUUCGUCCUGGUCUACUCCAUCACCAGCCGCCAGUCCCUGGAGGAGCUCAAGCCCAUCUACGAGCAGGUGUGCCAGAUCAAGGGCGACGUGGAGACGUGCCCCGUCAUGCUGGUGGGCAACAAGUGCGACGAGACGUCCGCGCGCGAGGUGGAGACGCCGGACGGCGAGGCCACGUCCAAGAAGUGGAAGUGCGCCUUCAUGGAGACGUCGGCCAAGACCAACCACAACGUCAAGGAGCUCUUCCAGGAGCUGCUCAACCUGGAGAAACGCAGGACUGUCAGCCUUCAGAUCGACGGCAAAUCAAAGCAGCAGAAACGCGCAGAGAAGCUCAAGGGAAAGUGCGUGGUCAUGUGAGGUGUAUGUAAGAAGUACUGGGGUGGGGGUGGGGGCGACUGGCAAGGAGCGAGGGAUGAACACGUUUUGGAGUGUUUUGGAACACUUCCCGGUGAUCCGACCAUGUCUCACUCCUCCGGACUAGCUAGCAUCCCUGGGAGUUUACUCCCAACUGAAUGACUGGAACACGGGAACACCUAAACCGGGAUUUAUUCAGCCUGACUCAUCGUCACAUUAAACAGACAAACAAAGAGUGCAGAGAAGGAUCCCCUGAGGACGAUUUGCAUUUCACGUUAUAGUCAUUAAGCAGGUGCUCUUAUCUGGAGAGACUUACAGUUAGUGGAAGAUUUCUCCUUUUCAGCCACAUACACAAUGAGACACUUGAAAUCAUACUAAUUCUUAGCCUGCAAUUGAUGGGAUUCUGUCAUUGAACCAAUUACAGAAUUGCAGCCGUUCAAGAUCUCAACACAAAUUAGAAGCAUUGCUUGCUUGGCUACGUUCCCCUAACCUACACAAAACCCCCCAGAGGUGUACAGAGUCGAGCUAAAGAGAGGCAGCGGGAGGGAUGCAUGUUUCUCAUAUAUGCCAUUAUAGAAACGUAAACAUUUCUGCGUCUGUAAAACUUACGUACAGAUUUAAUGGAUAUUACCAAGAAUCGCAAAAUUGUUUAGAUUCACUCAGAUCUGGAAAGGGACAUUUUGGAAUGCUAACAGUCAUGUUCCAUCGCGGCAUGGGUGGUACACAGGAGCAAUACUCUCAGGAGUGGACGUGACACGUCGGUUAAAUUGGCAGGCUGUCUGAAUGGUACUUAAACAUAAAAUACAAAUGUCGCACUCAGUUGUUUUUUUAUUUAUAUUUUUAUAGUUUAGUGAUUUUUUGUGAAGCUUCUAUUUUCUAUUUAUAUUAUAGGUGUCCUUGGAGUUUGAUCCUCUACUAAAAAAUUAGGGCCAAUGUAUUCCCAGGAUCCUGGAGAGAUACGAUACACAGACUCAUAAUUGUGACAUGAUAUGGGUCUCUAUAAAUUGGUUGAUGAAAGUAUAUGGUUUAAUUAUGUAAGUAAUACAUUUAUGUCAACCAAUUUAGAUUUAUUUUACCAAUAUUUGGUGUUAUUGCCUAUCUGACCAAGCGAGCAACAAAACACUACAAUGAAAAGUUGCAAUACAACCCUUUAAGAUUGUAUAAUAAAUACAAGACCUUUGUAAUGAUUACUGGUUUUCAUAGGUUUUAGAUUUAGUUGCAGUCGAGUUCAUGCACAUUGUUUGUUAUCUUUUAAGAUGUUUUCUCAGACCUUUGUCAGGGCCAAUGGCAUCUGGAGAUGAGCUUCAAAGGAGUAUCACAAAGAUAAACAGAAUGAUUUGUGAGGUCACUUCCUCUGGAAAUAUUAGAUUGUCAUUCAUUUAUUUUAUUGUCUCCACCAUAUUUAUAACUAUAUAUAUCUAUAUAGUACUACAAUAUAUUACUUUAUAAACUAUCAUACAUUAUAUACAAAAAUGUAUGCCUGUAUUCAAAAUGGGUUUUAUGGAGGAUCUGAAUUAUGUCAUAUUCAAUAUUUAUUACCAUACCUUCUAGGAAGCCAAACAUCAAUUUAAUAUUUCAAAAUAAACAUGGAUCCUCUAAUUUGAUUUCUCCUAGUGAGCAUGAAGUGCAAAUGUCUUUGUGUCAACAAGAUUUGUUACCUUUGUAAGAUUAAAGUUGUGGAUAAUGUCAAAACAUGGCAAACAGACCAAACACACAAUGAUGUUGAGUUGUUGUACUAUCAGUGGCUCAUGAUGAAGACAGAAUUUGAGUAAACCCGUUGGGAAAAAAAACUUUUCCACGUACCCUAAUUGUUCCCCCCACAGAGAAUGCCACUCUGGUCACCUAUGCCACUUUGGACGCAGUGAUUGCAGAAAAACGUCAGUUGAACUGCACACGCAAUCAAUUCCUACUGCAGUUUAUCAGCAAUCUGACUGCCUUUUUUUUUUACGGCAUGUCAUGUAAAAUAGGCAAAAAGUACAAUAAAAAAGAUCUAAAACCAAAUCCCAAAUGUAUUUUUAGCAAUACACACUGAGCAUUCAGUACAUCCGUUAUAUUCAUGUUAUUUUGGAGAAUCACAAAAAUAUGUAUCUUACAUUAAUUGUUAAAACCUUUGCAGACAAUUGAAAUGAAGGAAAUAGCACGGGUGUAUAUAUUUUCAGUAUGGCAUUUCUUGUUACUACUGUAUAAGCAAUGUGUUCCUGCUUCAUAGUUAGCUUGUAUUGCUACAUUGGCAAUCUUUGUAUACAGAGCGAGUAGAGAAACUGUAAGAUAUUGAUUGUAUACAAUUACAUCACAGGCAUGUAAUGUUGACAAGUUGAUACUGUUAAAUCAAGCUAGAUACGUUUAUGCAAAUAGGCUAAUCCAGUGUGACUAUAGGAUCACGGUUCUAAGCCCUUCCUU